CACGUGACGAGAGGGGCGGAGCCCGCGAGACGAACCGCCAAUAGGAGCAGACGCCGAGAUGAGGCUCUUUAGAAAAAUAGAAAUAAUAGAAGUAAGGCGACGGUAAAGCACUCGGUCAGAAUGCGGGGCUUUCUCCUCAGUGUGGGGAUUUCACGGUGUAAACAGCGAGCGGCAGGAGGGGAAGAGGAUCCGGCUUUCACCCCGUAAAGCCCACACCGACACCGACACCAACACCGACACCGCGGGCCACAUAACGGUGCACUGCCGAGCAGAAUGGCCUGGAUCUGUAAGAAGAAGUGGGUGAUAGCGAGCAGCCUGUUGUUGGCUGUUUCUCUGUUCGUGGUGUUGGUGAAUUACUCGGAGAAGCCGUACUUCCGGCUACAGCCGAUGCUGGGACAGAGUUUCAGCCCCCGAUGGAUGUCGUCAUGGCAACACAAAGCGGUACGACCUCAUCUGGGGUAUGUCAGUGUGCCCAAGAAGGAGCCGCUGAAGCUGAGCUGUGAUGUAUGCAGCGUGGUGUCCAGCUCGGGGCAAGUGCUGGGUCGUGGUGCGGGCACUGAGAUCGAUCGAGCUGCCUGUGUUUGGCGGAUGAACAACGCUCCGACCCAGAGGUACGAGAAGGAUGUGGGCAGCCGCACAAACCUGCGAGUGGUCUCACACACCAGCGUGCCGCUCCUGCUGCACAAACCACAGCACUUCUUUGGUCCGGCGUCCAACGGCACCGUGUACGUGGUGUGGGGGCCGCGGCGCAACAUGAGUCCAGACGGAAACGGUCUCAUCUACAACAUGCUGCGGCGCGCAGCCGACGACUUCCCCAGCGCUCGCAUCUACGUCACCACUGACGAGCGCAUGGACUACUGCGAUAACGUGUUCAAGAAGGAGACGGGCCGUGACAGGAUUACGUCGGGUUCGUACCUGAGCACCGGAUGGUUCACCCUCAUCUUAGCCAUGGACAUGUGCAAGGAGAUCCGCAUGUACGGGAUGAUCAACAACACCUACUGCAAAUCUGAAGGCUACAGGAAGGUGCCGUAUCACUACUACGAAGCCGGAAGCCGCGACGAGUGUGCCGAGUACGUCCUGCACGAGAACGCCCCUUACGGCGGCCACCGCUUCAUAACAGAGAAGACAGUUUUCGCCAAGUGGGCCAAGACACACCCCAUCAAGUUUUUCCACCCGGAAUGGCAGCUAUCAUGACCAACACAGGACGACGUCUUCUCUCAAGCAUCGAGGCCUGAUUGAUCCAAACACUCCCUGUCUUAAUGCACAAACAAGCAGCCGCAAACAGGCCAGAACAAUCGUCUCAACCCAUCCUGAUUACACACUGAUUACAGCGUGAGUCUAACGGGUUAUCAUAGGAAGGAGGAGAGACUUCAUAGGAUGUUUAUGGUGGUGGGACACUGCAUGUUUUUAAGGACAACAGGACAAUUCCAUAGCUGAAGUAACAAAUCUCAUCACAACAUAAACUGAACAAAGGGUUUCUGAAAAUGUCUGGACAAGAGAAAUUAUUCAAGGUGUAUAAGGAAACAAUGCAGCCAGAGACAAAGGGCCAUAUUUACUAACCUUUUGCGUUACAGACAACAGACAACAGUACUGUCUUUCGUUUUACCUUUAUUGCAUACACAUUUAUAGCAGGGGUUCUUAAACCUUUUCCCAGUGCGAUCCCUUUUUGGAGUUAAAACAUGUCACCACUCCCAACCCCCCGUAAAGGCGACUCAGUAUGUUACCCCUGGAUAGCCAUUGUACUCCGCUGUGGUACAACAGAUGUUCAGCAGUUAAUCAAGAUAAUUAACAAUAGCCUAUCAGGCCUGGAGAUGGUGCCAUUAGGCAGACCUUCCAUACACCCAUCAAAAUUCUUUUGUUUAUCUCUCUGAUGACCCCCCAGGGAUCAUGUUGCAAUCCCCAGGUUAAGAACCCCUGAUUUAUAGGAAUUCCCUUCUCCAAGUGCAAAAACACAAGGCAGAGGAUUAUUGUAAUUAAAUGAUUUAUUUAUUUAUUUAGACUAGGAGUCCUAAAUCCAAGAUAGGCUCUUGGCUAUUUUUUCAUUUUUUUUCCAGCAACCAACAACCAGACAGCUUUACUCUUCUGUACUCUCUGUACACUCUUAGUAAAAGGGUUCCUAAAGGGGUUCCUUAAUAGUGUUUUGGAUAGAACCCUUGAGAACAGAACCCUCAGGGUUCCUCAGAGAUAAAAAGUGAAGACUCUUUAAGGUUCUGGAUGUUUGUUUUUUGAAAAUGUCUGGGAUGUGCUUCAUGAAAUCAAAGUUUCUAAAUAUACUUCUACAAUCUUACGAUAAAACAUUCUAUUUACUCCCCAACAGGUUCCUCAGGUUGGUUCAUCUGAGGGAACCUUUAAAGCUCCUGUCCUUCAGAGGUUUUCCUUUUGAGAACAGAUUCAGAACCCUGGUAAAUAGCUAGGACCAUGUACCAUGCUAAUUGGUUAGAAGGUAUUGUAAUGCAAAUUAUAAUAACACACUUGUUUAAAUAAGUUAUACUUGUUUAAAUAAGUUUAAAUAGAUGUAGCUAUAAAUAUAUAAAAAGUAUGAUAUGUUCUGAUUGUUGGUAAAUUCCUGAAGUAUUAAACUUCAGAACGUACUGUUAUAGGAAAAUAAUCAACUUCGGGGUGGUAACAGAAACUCUGCUGUCCCGUGGUUGAUUAAUUUCCUUUAACACCACAUCCCCAAGUGUUUUAUUGCUUUUCUAAGAGCGUAGUCUGCCGAACUACGUGUGAUUUUAUUAACUACAAUAACAAUAACAUUAUGGCAAUUAACCCGUUUGCUAACAAGAAGACGGGAACAAAGCAGGAGUUUAUAUUUUUUACUACACAGGAUACGCUUGCAUGUUCCUGUUAGAUGGCCUGCAGUAUUAGCCACGCCCACUUACGGAAAUAUCAGCUGUAAUUUAGCGCUUCUUUUAGUAAAUAUGGCCCAAAGGAUCACUUGUCAUAGGACAACUAACUGGAUGGGUAUGUUGGGUGUAUGUUGCUUAUUUUGCUGGACUUCUGGGAGGAAAUGAUAGGGGGAAAUACAUGAAACAACCAACAAACCCCAAUGAAGAACCUCAUGACAAAAAAUCAUUUGUAGCUUUUCAUGCAUUGUGUGUAUUCCUAAGACAUUCAUGUUAAUCCAUCGCAGACUACGAGCCCUAAUGAUCAAACUUAGCAGAAUUCCUCCCGUUUCUUCUAAAAGAUAUUAGCCUUCCAUGCCAGGGUUUAGCUAAGUGUUAGUGUAGCAUUUGCAUAGAUAAAUUAUUAAUAAGUUAACAUCUGUGCUGUGAAAUGAGAGACUGGAAAGCAAACGCGGGCAGCUAAGUGUGUAAAAAACAGCGAGCGAAUACGGUUUCAUGUGCCACGGCUAGCGAGGCGUGCAUGCACAGUGCAACAUACAGACAGCUAUGUAGAAAUUUUCUUUCUUUCUUUUUUUUUUUUCAACUAUAUAAUUAUUGGCACCCUAGAUGAAAAUGCUAUAUGGAUUUUUUUUUUUUUGUAUCCUUUACCGAAAGUCAACAACCCUCUGUCUCUUUUGUUUUGAAAGCUUUUUUGUCUCUUUUUCCAAUGCGAUGGAAAGAUUUUACAUGUGUACCUCGUCAUACGUGUACUUCAGGGAAACUGGAAGUGGUCAAGGCUAACAAUAGAGUUCCUAGAUUUUGAGAACAAUGAUGAAAAAAACUGUAUUUUUAAGGAUGUUUUGCAUUUAUUUAAUGUUUAUAAUGUUCUUCGGCGGUACCAAUAAUUUCCUUCAUAUGUUUUUGAGAGAAAUAAUGUUAAUUAAAAACAAAGUUCUUGUUUUUGAUAGAGGAAAGGUACGUAGUUUCUUUUGUUUUGGUAGAAAAAUCAUUGCCCCAGAGUUUAAAUUCAAGCUCAUUUUGAAAAAGUUGGGUUUACUGUGAACGUAAUCUGUCUGAAAUCCCCCAAUCCCUACAAGCUCUUUCUUGGUCAAACCUCAAGGCUAAGUGCUCUAGCUUCACACUAACCCUGCAGCGCUGUACAUGUAGCUUUCACUUGUGGUUUUAAAUUACUACAUUUAGCUUUUUUUUUUUAAUCAGCCUGUGAUUGUCAAAUCCGGCAGGUGUCCCUGCACUGAAUUUAUACCGGCAGUGUUUUUUUUUUUUAUUUCCUCUGUGUCACCAUGACUCAACACUCCACCACAGCAAAUGGUGCAGCUGAUGACGGAAUGCUUGUACAAAGAUGGAAUAGCGUUAACUGAAUUACUGGAUUCAGGCCGAUAUGACUCUCCAAGAGCACAGCUUUGGCACAAAAGAUGGAUGUUGUAGAUCUUGCUCGCUUUUUCUUUGUCUGAGCCAAAAGGCAAAACAGGAAAUUUGAUUUCUUUAUACGUUAUGAUCAUUAUCAUAAUUAAAUUUCUAACAGCUAAAAGAAAAAACACAACAUUCGUGUCGGCUUUUUUGGUAAUCUGGUACUAUUUAGGUUUUUUUCUUUACUACUAAUCCAUUUCUGGCAAAGUUGCAAAUGAGAACUGAAAAUGAACAAAGCAACAGCAAUAGCUAAAUCUCCUAAAAUGUCAGUUUAUUAUUAUUACGUUAUUUAUGUUAAAGCACAUUAGUCAGUGUUGUUUAAUAACUAGAGUGAAACUAAAGUGUAAUGAAGUUUAGUUUUUAAUAUCGUUUGUUAUCCUGUGAGUGAUAUCCAAAUACAGAUACAGGUACACCUACCAUACAGGUCACUCUGUAGGUCUAUAAUUACUGACUGAAGCCCAUCUGUUGCUGUGCACCAUGUUUUGACUCCCUUCUAACCUGUCCAUCAGUGGAAAGGAAACCCCGCAGGAACAGAUGUUAUUUGGUUGGUGGUUGAUUCUAAGCACAGCAGUGACUCACAGUGUUAGUGUGUGUGUGUGUGUGUGUGUGUGUGUGUUGCUGGUACAAGUGUAUGCGGUACAUCCGCGCUGUUGGAUGUUGGAGUUCUAAACACCUCCACAAAUCAUGGACAGAAACUGACACUGGUGAAGACUCAAGUAGAGAUGUAAUAUUGUUUUAUUCAAUCCCACUCCAGCUCACUCCUGGAGGAAUUCUGCCCAAUCCCUCCCACUCCCAAAGGAAUUCUACCUAAUCCCUCGUACUCCCACAGGAAUUCUGCCCAAUUCCACCUACUCCCACAGGAAUUCUACCUAAUCCCUCGUACUCCCACAGGAAUUCUGCCCAAUCCCACCCACUCCCAAAGGAAAUCUACCUAAUCCCUGCCACUCCCAUAGGAAUUCUGCCCAAUUCCACCUACUCCCAAAAGAAUUCUACCUAAUCCCUCCUACUCCCAUAGGAAUUCUGCCCAAUCCCACCUACUCCCAUAGGAAUUCUGCCCAAUCCCACCCACUCCCAAAGGAAUUCUACCUAAUCCCUCCUACUCCCAUAGGAAUUCUGCCCAAUCCCACCUACUCCCAAAGGAAUUCUACCUAAUCUUUCCUACUCCCAUAGGAAUUCUGCCCAAUCCCACCUACUCCCAAAGGAAUUCUACCUAAUCCCUCCUACUCCCAUAGGAAUUCUCCCCAAUCCCACCCAGUCCCAAAGGAAUUCUACCUAAUCCCUCCUACUCCCAUAGGAAUUCUGUCCUUCACCACCAAUUCCAUAGGAAUUCUGUAUCCCGUAGGAAUUCUGACCAGUCUCACCCAGUCCCAAAGGAAAUCUACCUAAUCCCUGCCACUCCCAUAAGAAUCCUGACCAAUCCUGAUGGAAUUCUUGACCAAUCCCACCCACUUCUGCAGUAAUUAUUAUUGUUUGUACCUGCCUGUCCUUAUAUUUCCCAAAAUAUAAACAAAUUAGUCAUUUCAACCACUGUGACCCUGACCAGGAUAAAGCACUUAGUGAAGAAUGAAUGAAUGAAUGAAUGGAAUGCACUAAAUGUGUAAAUGUGCUCCAAUAUUGAUGAACAUGGCAUUUCUUUGUCCCAUGAGCUUCAUAUCUAACCACCCCACACACUGUAGCCUGCGUGAAAGUAAAACCUGCCCACUGCCGUGACUUUUGGGCUGGGUUAUGAUGCACACAUGUAGAGUAGAAGAUGAUUAACACACAUUGUGCACGGAAAAGAUGAGCUUCAGAUCUACAAGGUGACCAGUAAGGCAGGAGUGACAUAUAAAAUGCAGUGAACAAUAAUGUUGUGUUUAAAUAGAUCUUAUUUACGGUUCUGAUCCACAAUCAGAUUUUUCACUUCACUAAAAAAGCAGUGCUUUUUUCACUCUGAUGCAUUUCUGUAUUAGUCCCCUGUUUGUGGUCUUCAGGUCACAGUUUGUGAGUUUCUCUUCAAAAAAAAAAUGUCACUCUCACCACCUCGUUUUUUUUUUCAUGAUGCCUUUUAACAGUUCGGCUGCAAAUGUUCCUGUACAUACGGCAAGAGUGUGUGAAUGUUCACAAGGUACAGCGCACGUCCCUGUUUUAAGUGUUAUUAUCUUAAGUGCUUUUUAUGUAUCUUUUGAAGUUUGUGUUGGAAAUGUUUGCUUUCGUGCAUCAAGUGUCCUUUUUCUAACUCCAGUUUCGUGUCCCAAACGCUGGAAUUUAAAGAAACAUGUAGCUGUAGGAAUGCUAGAAUGCUAACGUAUCCCAAAUGCAUAGUUAAUAAUGACCGUUAAUGGGGACUGUUAGUAAUACAGUGUUAGCUAAAUUAUGUUAAUAUUUGUUUAGCAUCCUUGUGCUCUGUCGGAUGAUUGCUAGCUAGUAAAUAUGAUUGCUAGCGACUUGUCCAUGUGUACCCUGUCUCAAGCAUCCGGAUUCUUGGUUUUUCACACAAUUUUUGCACCAUAAAAAGCAUAAUGUAUAUGUUAAAAGGUAGAUUCCAUGUUAAAGAGAGAAACAUUCCAAGUUCAUUGAUUGGAAUUGAAUUUAAAACAUCAACUAACACUGAUUUUAUGUAAUCUUGUGGUGUAUGAAUAAAAAUUAGUAUCCGGCAUAUUUAUUAUUAUUGGCAUAUAAUAAUUAGAUGUAGGUGUGGCAGUUAUUAUAUAUUUACUUUUAUAAUUAAUGGAAUUUUGGGAAAAUUUUGAAUUUUUAAUUUGACCUUUUAUUCUUUUUAUUUAUAUUUUUAGUUUUAUUAGUAUUUUUAUUUAUUUAUAUUCUAGAGAAACCCAGAUCAGGAAAGCAUAUUUUUCAUUAAAAGAAAUAAAAAAAGGUCAAAUUUCUAUUAUUUAAGUAAAUUCUGUUUAAUGUAUUAUUAAGAAUUCUGGAGGUAAACACUGCUUUUCUGUUUUCUUUUUCUUUUUUUCAAUAAGAAAAUCCAAUUACAUGUGGUUUACACAUCCUUACUCGACAUUAACGGAUCUACUUUAAUCUCUUCACACCCUUGCUUUGGCUAACAUUCGCUCUAAUUUAAACAUUAGAGUGAAUUCUAGUUAAAACACAUUUAUCACGCCAGCGUUUGGGACACAAUGUGUGUGUUAUUUUGUCCAUACAGAUAUGAUAAUGUUCACAUGUGUUUAGGAAUUCAUUUCUGUAGCAACACUAAGGUAAAUGUAUAAAAACAUUUUUUUUAAAAAUGUAUUUUUGAAAGGAAUCGGCUUCUCCGCUGUUCAUGUGAUCUUGCGAAGGCAUCUUGCUAAGUGUGCUGAAUUUGUUUCUAAAAUGUAAUUUCUGCAAAUCAGUUGUGGUUAUUUUGUGUUUUCAUUGUGUGUGAUUUUUUUAUUUUUUUUUUGCAAAGAAUUGCAAACAAAAUCUGUCCCUGUGUAAUUUAAAUCAGUGUUUCAAUAAUAAUAAACUGAUCAACUGAU